UUACGUCCAUGCUCUCUUACGUCCAUGCUCUCUUACGUCCAUGCUCUCUUACGUCCAUGCUCUCUUACGUCUAUGCUCUCUUACCCCAUGCUCUCUUGCCCCAUGCUUCUCUCGCAAAACUCAAACUCACCUUAUGAGCGGUUAUUCCCUCACUACACAGUUGAGAGGCAGCCCUUGGAUCCGCAUUCAAUCACCUGGUAUCUGACCAGAAGAUAAUCUCAACCUCCUCCAACCAACACACAUCCACGAUCGCCGCCCUCACCCUCUGCCUGCGCAUCUCGUCUUUGUCCCGCAUAUCAACACCAGUAGACAAGGUAACUCGAGCCAGUUCACGUCGUCUCAACACAAUCCAUCUGACCCAACUCUAGACCAACAUGCCAAUCAACAGUAAGAGACCAGCAGCUGAGCAGGCAGGCCCCACGAGCCCAAAGAAACCGCGAGCGACCGACGCAAAGGACAUGAAUGACGACGACAAGUACGAGUCUGUUCAAAUUUCGACGGAGCUUCACGACAAGUUCGAAAGAUACCCAAAAACACUGCGCCACAUUGUUGAAGAGGCGUACGUGACUGAUGUGUACGACAUCAUCGAAGAGUUCAAGGCUGGCCGUUAUCCACCACGACAGUCCAAAUAUCACAUCGUCCGAGCGGCUCGUACACAGGGUGGUGACAAGACGGACUACAAGCUUGCCCAACUAGAAGUCUUCCCGAAUACAAGUAUGGCCAACGUCGCUGUGCUCGAGCAGUUUCGCAAAUUCGCACCCUCAAAAACAUCGAAGUUUGUCAAAGCUCCCGAGGUCGAUCUUGCGAACCCACAAUUUGCAGCACUACACUCGGUGCCCCCAGGGCAGAUGGGGUGGGGGUUCGACAGUUUCGGGUGCAUAUCACUGCAUCUGACUGUCCUUCAGGAGAAUAAGCUGAAGCAUUUCUCGAUCUACGUGGAGCGCAAGGCCGUAAUUGCGGUGAAGGCGGAGGCAGACGACGAUUGCUUGAUCGUGGACAAUCCGAAUACCGUUUAGGUAGACCAGCGUGAACUGGCACCACGACGCGAGACUUCUCACUGGAAUCGAUUACAAAACCGACGAAGAUACGAAAACACUCAAUCAGUAUAUGUAGUUAGUCGUUCUCAGCACAAAUGGAAGAUGACACCUGUAAAGUGUACACGAAGUUGACGUGAACGCGACAUUGUGUGUGGUUCACCACGACCGUCGCAAACACUGGGUACGCGCACGCAAUAGACGAGCUGAAUACAUCCCGCGGACGGCAGCCGAGAGACGGAAUCAAGCUCGGGCGAGAGCCGGCUCACUUUACCGCCAGGGGCCUUAUGAACUCACAAGGAUGAUGCACUAGACGCAUAUUCGAUACACGCAACGAGAGAAGCGGGGGCGGAGGGCGCGAUUCGUUCGAGGUUGCGGGCG